AGCAAUAAGCUCGAUUGCGGUGGUGGCCCAUUGAGGCAGUAAGCUUUCUGUUUUGAGGUGUGAUUUUUUGCCGCUAAAAAUUCUUGCCAUAUCAUUAUUAUCGGCAUGUCGUGAAGGGAAGUUAAAGACUAGUUAAUUCCUAUUUUGGCCGAUGAAUGAGGUACAAUCUUAUCGGUGUGGGAGGUUUGGGAUUAAAUAUAAAUUCGGGAAUAUAUGUCUUGGCCCGGUUGAAUUUGCCACAGUUUUUAAGUGAACCUCAGUGCGGAAGCAAAGGAAACUUUUCCACCUCCCUCGCCCCGAAGAAAAGGAAUAAAGUGAGCUCAAGAGAGCUGAAGGAAAUUAUUGGAAUUAUUUUUCAAAUUUUCACAAUGAGAGCAAUCGCAUCUUUACUGCUACUGCUCGCUCCCCUGGUUAUUGGCCAGGAAGCCUGCACUGAUGUCUACCCACCCGCCAUGUGUCAAGGAAUCGUUGAGAAUCGCUUCAUCAGCAGUUUCCGUGGUUGUCAGAACUGGGUGCAGUGUAUUGGUGGGAAUGUUGCUAACUGCGGCAUGUGCACGGGCUUCUUGCACUUUGAUCCCAGUACGCAAACAUGCACAUACCCUGACUACGCCAACUGCGACAUUUAUGCUGCCAACAUCACCUGCACCAUUGGUGAGGUUUCCCGUGAACCCCAUCCAAAUAACUGCAACCUCUACUUCCUGUGCACGGGUGACGCUACCCCCAUUCAGAUGUCAUGUGCAGACAAUCUGCACUUUGAUCCUGUCCUGCGCAAAUGCAACUUCCCCGAAUUGGCUCAAUGUGAGACAGUAGCACCACCACCCGGUCCGGUCGUGUGUCCCGAUGUUGGUGGCAUCAGUCUCAUCCCUGAUCCACAUAGCUGCGAUCACUUCUACAUUUGCGACUUCAAUCAAAACGCAAAUCGGCAUCAGUGUCCACCAAAUUAUCACUUCUGCCAAGAUCAUAGAUUCUGCCUACCUAUCGGCGUAGCCGUCUGUGCUUUACCGUCGUCACCCAUUGAGAGGGUAUUCGGUGUAAAACAACAAUUCUACGACUGCCCAUAUUCCGGUAUUCACUUCUUGCCCUAUUCCGGUAACUGCGCGCAGUACAUUCUCUGCGUUGAUGGUUCAUCACAUGUACAGAGAUGUGCAGAUGGUCUCUACUUCAACCCAACAUCACAGCGCUGUGAAGUACAAAGCAAUGUGAUUUGCCCAUACUGAACGAACAACUCCUGGAUGUUAUACCAUUACGAACUAGUCUGUAACUAAACCUCCAUAUUUGUAAAUAAAAAUAUUGAAUAAAUACAAUUAUAGAAAAUGAAUA